AGCCCGGUAGGGAGGCGACAGCGGGGGCUCGCUGUGCGGGAGUUGCCUGCGCACCCCAGCGCUUCCCUGCCCUGGCCUCCCCCACUCCCCUGCUCCCCUAGGCCAGCAGGUGACCCAUCUGCGCUGGCCCUGCCCUUCUCCCCUCAACUCCCACCUCCAAGGCUCCGCUGUCAGGAAUAGCCAGACUGAGGGGCGCUGUGGGGUCUGUGGAGUCUCUGAACCCUGCCCCCGCCCCCUCCUGUCUGUGCUGAGAUCUCCCAGGCUGUCUCAGCAGCACCUGUGCCAGGUGGGAAGAGAAGAGCCAGAGCAGAGCGAAGUGGAGGCAGCUGGAGCACCGAGGCCCGCUCUUCGCCCCUGCCUACGAGCCGCUUCCUGACGGAGUGCGCCUCUUCUACGAUGGAAGGCCUGUGCCGCUGAGCUUGGCAGCCGAGGAGGUGGCCACUUUCUAUGGGAAGAUGUUGCAUCAUGAAUAUACAACAAAGGAAGUUUUCCGAAGUAACUUCUUCAAGGACUGGAGAAAGGAGAUGACCCUGGAGGAGCGGCUGCUCAUCACGCACCUGGACAAGUGUGACUUCACGGAGAUCCACAGACACUUCGUGGACAAGGCUGCAGCCCGGAAAGCCCUGCCCAAGGAGGAGAAGCAGAAACUAAAAGAAGAGGCAGCAAAGCUUCAGCAGGAGUUUGGCUACUGUAUUCUUGAUGGCCACAGGGAGAAAAUUGGCAAUUUCAAGAUGGAGCCUCCUGGGUUGUUCUGCGGCCGUGGUGAGCACCCCAAGAUGGGCAUGGUGAAGAGGAGGGUCCUGCCCGAGGACGUGGUCAUCAACUGUAGCAGGGACGCCGUCCCCGGGCCCCCAGUGGGCCACCAGUGGAGAGAGGUGUGCUCAGACACCACAGUGACGUGGCUGGCGGCGUGGACGGAGAAUGUGCAGAACCGCACCAAGUACAUCGCUCUGAACCCCAGCUCCAAGCUGAAGGGGGAAAAGGACCGACAAAAAUAUGAGGUCGCGCGCCGCCUUGGGGGGCUUGUGGAUGAGAUCCGCGCUCAGUACCGGGCCGCCUGGGAAUCCCCAGAGGUGAAGACAAGGCAGUGGGCAGUGGCCCUGUAUUUCAUCGACAAGCUGGCACUUCGAGCAGGACACGAGAAGGAGGACAAGACGGCGGACACGGUGGGCUGCUGCUCCCUCCGCGUGGAGCACGUGCGGCUGCAUGCGUGGGCUGCCGGCCGCGAGCGCGUGGUGGAGCUGGAUUUCCUGGGAAAGGACUCUGUCCGCUACCAUCAGCUCGUGUCAGUGGAGGAGCCGGUGUUCAGGAACCUGCAGCUGUUCAUGAAGAACAAGAAGCCCAGGGACAGCCUCUUCGACAGAUUGACCACCUCCAGUCUGAACAAGUACCUGCAGCAUUUGAUGCACGGGCUGACGGCGAAGGUGUUCCGGACGUACAACGCCUCUGUCACGCUGCAGGAGCAGCUGCGGGUGCUGACCCGCGCUACAGACAGCCAGGCCGACAAGGUCCUGGCCUACAGCCGGGCGAACCGGGCGGUGGCCGUCCUCUGCAACCACCAGCGCGCCACUCCCAGGAGCUUUGAAAAUUCCAUGCAGGCGCUCCGCAGGAAGAUCGAGGCAAAGGAGGCCCAGGUGGCUGAGGCCCAGGAGGAGCUGCAGAGGGCCAUGGCGGACCCCAGGACCGGAGGGGACAGCAAGUGCAGGAGGUUGUUGCAGCAGCGGCUGCAGCGGCUGAGCAGACAGCUGGCGCAGGCGCGGGCCCAGGCCACGGCUAAGGACGAGAACAAGCAGGUGGCGCUGGGCACGUCCAAGCUCAACUACCUGGACCCCCGGAUCAGCAUUGCCUGGAUGUGGCUGAUGUCCCGCAGGUGUAGGAGGUUCGGGGUGCCUGUGGAGAAGGUCUACAGCAGGGCGCAGCGGGAAAGGUUCGCCUGGGCCCUGGAGGAGGGGGAUGAGCACUUCCAGUUCUAAGCGAGCUCUGUCACUACUGAAGCAGCGCCGGAGGCUGGGCAGGCAGAUGCGUUGUGCGGGUGCAUGAUGCAGAGCCGGACCCUGGCCCAUCCUAGCCAGUGCCCAGCACACUCGCAGCUGAACCGGCCGUGGGCGCAGGGCGGCUGCAGGUCUGCCUCCCCGCCAGGAGUCUUCUCUAGCUGCAGCCCCGCACGGCCGCCAGGCUCGGGAUCCGAUGGAAGCUUGCGCGUGGGCCGCGCCUGCUGUGACCGUGCAGCCUCUGUGAUCCUGGCUGAAGGUCUUGCUGCACUUGGCACACGUGUAGAGGCUCUCGCCAUGUUGAGUCCUCAGGUGCCCAAAGCCCGGAGUAGUGGAUGAAGGCCCUGCCACACUUGCUGCGGUCCCGGGAUGCUGGACCGAGUGACUGCUGGCUUAAGGCCUUGCUACUCUGUAGCAGCCUCCUGCUUUUCAAGUGCCUUCCUGUAGCCUCAGCCUGGCCCGCCGCUUGCUGCAGGCCUCGGGGGCUAGUCUGAGGACAGCUGCACAGCCAGACACGGAUGGCCUCAGACGCAAGAAGGCAUGUGCGUCCGAGAAGGCGCCAGCACUCUGGUGGUGACCGAGCAGCCGCGCGGUGGGUGCCGAUGUCCUGUCCAGUCCCCCACCCCUGCAUCCUCCCAACACCCAGGACCAUGGCACGGGUGAGGGAUGGUCUGAGGGGGCGUCUCCGGUGACUAGGAGUGCGCUGAGCUCCGGCCUUCACCUGUCCCCUUGGGGACAGAAGGCCGACGCCGCUGACCCGGAGCCUGGGAAGCACUGGCCGAGACGCGCGAGGCACACGACGGAGGCGACCGCCCGGGAGCGUGUCCCAGUGCCAGCUUCUUUUUUGGGCUUGGACAGGGCAGCCUGCCUUACCUGCACCCAAACCCCUCAGCAGAGCAUUUUUGGGGUACAUAGGAGGCCUUGCUUAGGUAGCCAGUACUGAGAACUGCCCGGCGUCCCCCAGGGCUUGGAGCUGAGCACCAACGGUCUUUGAUACCAGGGUGGACCAUGUGGCCACCUAAAUAAAGAUGUCAGAUGCUACA